CUGUCUGUUGACCCAGAAUCGGUUCUUCUGGUGUGAUGCUGGAAGAAUUGUGAAUUUGCUGCUGAAUUUUCCUGCACAUUGGAAGAAUAACCAGGACUAUAUUUUUACAGUCAUCUUUACCGAAACACGGGAGUGAAUGGUAGCUGCUCGAUGUGACUCUGGCAGCCGUCGACCAUGAGCAACAGUCACCCUCUGCGUCCACUGGCGUCCGUGUCGGAGAUCGACCACAUCCACCUGCUGUCGGAGCAGCUCGGAGCCCUGGUGCUCGGCGAAGAGUACAGCGAUGUCACCUUCAUCGUGGAGGGGAAGCGCUUCCCGGCUCACCGGGUCAUCCUGGCAGCUCGCUGUCACUACUUCAGGGCCUUGCUAUACGGAGGAAUGAAAGAGUCUCAGCCACAGGCGGAGGUGUGUUUGGAGGAGACACGAGCUGAAGCCUUCUCGAUGCUGCUAAACUACCUGUACACGGGCCGGGCCAGCCUCAGUUCUGCCCGGGAAGAAGUGCUGCUGGACUUCCUGGGCUUGGCUCACCGCUACGGCCUCCAGCCUCUGGAGGACUCCACCUCUGAGUUCCUCCGCACCAUCCUGCACACCAACAACGUCUGCCUGGUCUUUGAUGUGGCCAGUCUCUACUCUCUGAGUGCGCUCAGUGCAGCCUGCUGUGCCUACAUGGACAGACAUGCACCUGAAGUGUUGAACUCAGAUGGUUUCCUCACGCUCUCCAAGACUGCUCUGCUGACUGUGGUCAGACGGGACUCGUUUGCUGCCAGUGAGAAGGAGAUCUUCCAGGCCUUGUCCCGCUGGUGCCGGCAGCAUGAGGACGGGGCUGACACUCAUGAAGUGAUGUCAGCAGUGCGGCUGCCACUCAUGACUCUGACAGAGAUGCUGAAUGUUGUGCGACCGUCUGGCCUUCUGAGCCCAGAUGACCUGCUGGACGCCAUUAAAACCCGCUCUGAGAGCCGUAAUAUGGAUCUGAACUACCGAGGAAUGCUCAUCCCAGAGGAGAACAUUGCCACCAUGAAAUAUGGAGCUCAGGUGGUAAAAGGAGAGCUGAAGUCGGCGCUGCUGGACGGAGACACCCAGAACUACGACCUGGACCACGGCUUCUCCAGACAUCCCAUCGAGGAGGACGGCCGGUCAGGGAUCCAGGUCAAACUGGGCCAAGCGUCCAUCAUUAACCACAUCCGCCUGCUGCUCUGGGAUAGAGACAGCCGAUCUUACUCCUACUACAUCGAGGUAUCUAUGGACGAGCUGGACUGGGUGCGUGUUGUGGAUCACGCCAAGUACCUGUGCCGCUCAUGGCAGAAUCUGUACUUCACACCACGAGUUUGCAGGUAUGUUCGCAUUGUGGGAACACACAACACAGUCAACAAGGUUUUCCACCUCGUGGCUUUCGAGUGUAUGUUCACCAAUCGAUCGUUUACCCUGGAGAACGGACUUGUUGUGCCUAGUGAGAAUGUGGCGACUAUUUCCUCGUGUGCCAGUGUCAUCGAGGGAGUGAGCCGUAGCAGAAAUGCCUUGCUCAAUGGUGACACCCGCAACUACGACUGGGACUCUGGAUACACUUGCCAUCAACUAGGCUCUGGAGCCAUCGUCAUUCAGCUCGCUCAGCCCUACUCCAUCGGGUCAUUAAGGCUGCUGCUGUGGGACUGUGAUGAGCGAUCCUACAGUUACUACAUUGAAGUCUCCACCAACCAGCAGCAGUGGACAAAGGUGGUGGACCGCACCAGGGUGGCAUGUCGAUCAUGGCAGACAUUGAAGUUUGAUAAGCAGCCUGCUUCCUUCAUCCGUAUUGUUGGGACUCACAACACUGCUAAUGAGGUGUUCCACUGCGUUCACUUCGAGUGUCCGGCCCAGCUGGACACAGAGGUUAAUGAAGGCAGCCCAGGUUUGGAUUCUUCUGAUUCGGGAUCUGCCACCCAGCAGCCGCGACCCCAGCGACCUUCACGCACACACAGCCUGCUGCCUACCCAGCCCUCUUCCUCGUCAUCAUCUUCCUCACAGUCCCAUCAUUAGGAGUCCCUCGUCCCCUUGUUGGAAGGUGUUUGGAGGAAGGGAGACCUCAGAAUGCCAUUUUGCACAGCCUUCGUCGUCCAGACUGCACUGCUACAACGCUGCUAAGGCGAUGGUCUCAUUGUUAUAAUCCAUGGUCCUUCUGUCAUCAUAAGUGCAACAUUGGAGACUGGUGUAUCUGUAGCAGCAGCAUUUAGGGCUCCAGUCUUCCCAGUUUUGAAACUGAAAAUUAGGUAUUGCAUUCGCUGGCUCAUACAUUUUUAUGAAGGUACUUUUUAGCUACUAAGACAAAAUCAUGAAGGUCGAAUCUUUACUUCUCCAAAGAUGAGGCACACACUGAAAUACGGUUCUACUGUAUCGCCAAAGAGCAGUAAGACCAGGGCAGGGAGGGAGAGGGGGUGCUAUUUGAAUUUAUGCGAUAACAAUAAUAAUAGAAAAAGGAUUUUGUCCUUAUCAAGCUAUUUUUUUAAGAAACUGUCUUAAAAGGACUCUACUCACUUUUCAUAUCAUCAAGCUAACAGAGUAGCAGUCGAGUAUUUUUCAAAGUUCGGAAGUAAAUUCUUCAAAAGUUUGCCAAAGCUGUGGAGCUAAUACACUCCAUGGCGUUUGUAUGCAAAUAGCACGUAAUCUAAUUAUUCAUUUGCAUAUUAAGUAAUAGCUGUGAAGUAUUUGAUGACAAACUUUCACACCCGAAACCAAAAUCUCUGAUAGUAUCUGGUGUGACUUUUUGAUAAGAUUCAUACCUCAAGACAAACCUCACUGAAACGAACCGACAUUUAACUGAGUGUCUUAAUUUAGCAUUUUAAGCACUUGAAUAGUUUGGCACAAAUGAUUGGGGAAAUCAAUUAGUUUGUUGAAAAUUUGGGCUUAGAGGCUCGGACCAAAUCAUUUAUGCACUUGGGCUGCCAGACAUACAGUUUGUAUACAGUAGAUACAUGAGCAGCUGCCAUUGGCACUUUAUUUUACUCAAGUAUACAAAAACAAAGGUUGCAGCUUGGGUCUUCUGACUGAAGUACAGUACUGGAGUGCUGGAUUUGGUGUCUUGCUGUUUGUAUGUUAAAUUAAUUUAAACUUUUAGGUUUGAGCUGUCUUUUGUGUGUUUUCGGAGGUUUGUUUUUAAGUUAAGUUGUCAGUGCUGUGGUUCCUGUUUGUUUUCAUUGUGUCCUGAUGUUGCACUUUUGAGUUGUUCGUCUUUAAAAACUCCUGUAUCGGAAACGUUUAGUUUGUUGUUAUAUAACCUGAAAUACCUAACUACCCUGUGUGACCCACUGAUGUUUCUGUAAGCUUACUUUAGGCAUCCCAUCUCCAUUUAGAAGAUUAGUUAGAUAAAGUCUUCCUUAAGAAUUUAACAGA